AGCAACAAAACCAUGCAUCGGGGCUCCCCGAGCUUAAUUUUCGGUUGUUCAUGAAGAGUGGUGAAGGCGUUCUGGCCUGAAGUGGCGGAUAAUCAUUAGGAGGCAUACGCCGUCAGUUGCAAUGGAAGGAGCCGAGGCAGCCAGCGAACGACCCGCCGCCACUCGGAGGCCCAGGUUCGACCCGGACGAGUAUCAGAUGCGAAAGCGCAAGACCUCGAAGAGCCAGCUACCCCGUCGGGAGAAUGACCUGUACGUCAACAUGUCGACUAACUUCAAGGGACAGCUUGAACGCUGUCGCAAGCUGAUUGACAGCGGGAAGACUGAGGUGUUUGUGCACGCCAUGGGCGCUGCCGUGGGCCGAGCCAUCAACUUGGCCUUGCAAGUGGAGGCCAACUACCAAGGACUCCUCGAAAUGGACGUCCGCACGUCCACGGUGGGCGUCGUCGAUGACUUGGAGCCGCUCGCGGACGACCUGGAGCCUACGACACAGACGCGACAGACGUCCGCUGUCCACAUUCGACUGUUCAUGCCGAAUGUGCAGAAGCAAGAAUAGUUUUUUUUUUUUUACUUCAGGCGUGUGAAGGCUGAGUUUGAAAACUAAACCCCACUGGCCGUCGUUCCCGGGCAUAGCUUGUCUGAGUUUUGAUGAUUAAUUAUGUCAUUAGCUUUUCUGCUUUGUUGUUCCUGUCUGUUUUUUGUCGAACAUAAAGAUAUGUACUUUGUCUGGUCUUUCAAUGAAGUGAUGGGUGUCCUUUGGAAUAAUGUAACAUUUCCGAAAAUUAAAAUUUAGUGUACAAAAGACACUGA